CGCAUUUGACAAAUUGUUCCGUCAAUAUAUAUUUAGUUUUAUAUUUACAUAGUCCUCUUCCAGAUUUGAACACAAUGAAUUCCUCAGAGGUCGUAUUGUUACCCAAUUCGGGGUUCAAAUUUACGGAGACUUUUUUCCUCUUAUUUUGUGAGAAGAACUCCGAUGGAACAAGGCAUCUGAGACUCAAAGGCAAAGAACUCUAUCAGAGGAUUGGUAAGCGUCUGUCUCAUAUGGAUAUGCUGGUCGUAUCAUUGUUUCUUCGGGAACACCUAGAAAUUAUCAGUGUCGAUCUAUGUUACAAUGAUAUCGGAGAUGUUGGAGUUGAAAUCCUGGUGGAAAACUAUUUCGAUGACAAGAACAAUACCUUACUAGAUCUUAAUCUGAUGAGCAACGAUCUAACUUCUGCGGGGCUCUCCCACUUGUAUAAAUCCGCUAAAAAUUUGAAACUGAGAACGUUGAGAUUAACUGGAAAUAAGUUCGGAAAAAAAGGAGGGGAAUAUGUAGCUAAACUCAUUGAGAGUAUACCUUCAUUGGAAUUGUUAGAGCUGGGUGAUACGGAUCAGGUUUUAACGAGUAUCGAUUCAAUUUUGGAAACCACCAAAAAGAGCAACCUAAAGGUUUUGGACAUUUCAAGAGUGAUACCAAAAACUGAGUAUGAAAUACUCAAUCCAUCGUGGAUGGCAAAGAAUGUUGGUUUAUUCCUUGAAAUCAAUAGGACUUUAACUGAACUUCACAUGGAAAAAUGCGGUUUAGAUGGGCACGACAUAGAGAAGCUGAUGCAUGGUAUGAUUUAUAAUACUUCGUUAAAACUGUUGAAUAUAGCUUCGAACAGGAUUGGAUGUCAUGGUCUAAAGGUAUUAGCUGAAUGGCUGGCAGAAAAGCCACCUUUGCAUGGGUUGGAUGUGAGUUACAACCGAAUUUCCGAUUCAGGAGCAAGAGCACUCAGUUUCGGAAUGUGCUAUUCAAGACUGAAAUUCCUGAACAUCAGUUAUAACAGAAUCGGAGAUGAUGGAAUAGCUUGUAUUCUUGACACUCUAAAGAAACCCUAUCAGAUGCGGUUGUUCUUUUUUUACGGCAACCCAUUUGGCUCGAAGUCACUUAAGAUCGUUAAGAGAAUGAUUAUGUCUGGAGUUCUGCUGCAGAAAUACAUCGAUACGAAAUUGUAUGAGGUAGAUGGAGAGUUAAAUGCAGCUUUUUAUCCAACGAAUCAUUUCAAACAACAGUAUUAUUCAGUUAUGAUGCACGGCUUUCCGGAAAUGUUGAAGAUCAAGAGGAACAAAGUGGAACCCCCUAACCAUAAACGUCGACCAUUUUACCAUCUUCCAUAUUACGAAAGGUAUCAACCUUUCGAUAAUUAAUUUUUGUUUAACGUUCGAUAAAUAUCGAAGUUAAUAAAGUAUUGCAUUUUU